CCUCAGUCUGAAGUUCCUUCCUGAUUUUCAAUUCUAGACACUCAUUUAAGCCUGAGAGUCCCCAGGGAAUACUUCUUGGAGAGAAACACAAAGUUUCUUAAAGAAAACAGCCCCACACUCCAGCACAGGACAAAGGCUGACCCUUCUGCCAGUUGUACUUAUCCUAGGAACAACAAAGCUCUUCUUUAGCAGUGGGACUGCUUGACUCAAACCAAGCCCUGGGAACCAGGUCCCUAGGAAUAUGAAAUGACCACAUCAAAAGAAAAAGAGAGCAAGGCUUUGCAGCUUUAAAGUCAAUAGAACAGAAAAUAUUUUAAGUCCUCCAGAGAUGGGUUUACAAAAGUGUGGCAGCUGUUUGAGCUGUCUGCUGAUUCUUCUUGCACUUUGGUGCAUUGCAGUUAAUAUCCUAUUAUACUUCCCCAAUGGAAAAGCUUCAUUUGAUGUCAGUAACCACAUCAACUAUGUGUGGCAUUUUGAAGGAAUCUGUUUCUCUGGUGUGAUGAUCCUUGUGUUAGCAGUUCUUCUGAUACUGCUGGAGCAUGACACAUUCUUCCAGUGCUGCCAGAGCGAGAGCUGCAACAAAACUUACAGGAGCUUCAUUUCAGUUGUGUUAGCCCUGCUUGGAAUUGCUUUUUCUGGAUACAGUGUAAUCAUCUCUACUCUGGGGCUUGUGCAGGGCCCAUUCUGCAAUACACCAACUGGCUGGGAGUACCUCUUCAAAGACACUGAAGGGGGUUACCUCAUCAAUUACACUUCUUGGUCUCAGUGCACCGAACCCACUAAUGGAGUGAAAUGGAACAUCAUAUUAUUCUCUGUUCUAAUGGCACUAAGUGGACUUCAAGUGAUCAUCUGCUUCCUCAAAGCUAUUGCUGAGUUAAAACGAAUACUCUGUGGGACCUAUUCUGUCUUUAUCCAGCCUGGGAUUAUCUGAAUGUGGCAGAAAAAUCUUCAUUGCUAAAAGGGACUCCCUUCUCCUGCCUUUACUGGUAAAUUCGUGGGUGCCAAAACAAAUUUCCCAUCUGUUACAAUUUGUCUCUUACCCACAUUAAUCUUGUGGCAUGUACUUUUAUUAGUUAUUUUAAUUGUUCUAAAUAGCUAAAAAUAGAACAUUUGCAUCAUCUUAUAUAAAAAAGGGGCAAUGCUAAUGGUGUAUCUUUCAUUUUGCUAUUCAGUUCCAGUUUCAAUUAUGGGGAAGCACAGUGCUGUGGAACUGCCUUCCCAGGGGACCACUAUUGUUUUCAAUAAAGAAAAUGUUGUAUAUCUGUU